ACGGCAACCCAGCCGUGAUGAUGUCGCCUAAUGUACCACUACUCAUGCAGGUUUGCACUUGGUGCCUACUCAUCGCUUCGGGCCAAACGUCGUCUUCAUCGCCUAUCGGAUAUCGCGCUGACAUCGCUCAUCUGCAGUUGCUACACGUGGCCAACAUCUACAGCGCACCCUUCACGGGCACGAUAACGUCAGAAGAACUUCAAGAAGCAGCGCCACCACUGCCUAUAAAGGAAACGCAAGCGGCUGCGGGCGUCAGUGGACACGGCAACCCAGCCGUGAUGAUGUCGCCUAAUGUACCACUACUCAUGCAGGUUUGCACUUGGUGCCUACUCAUCGCUUCGGGCCAAACGUCGUCUUCAUCGCCUAUCGGAUAUCGCGCUGACAUCGCUCAUCUGCAGUUGCUACACGUGGCCAACAUCUACAGCGCACCCUUCACGGGCACGAUGACGUCAGAAGAACUUCAAGAAGCAGCGCCACCACUGCCUAUAAAGGAAACGCAAGCGGCUGCGGGCGUCAGUGGACACGGCAACCCAGCCGUGAUGAUGUCGCCUAAUGUACCACUACUCAUGCAGGUUGGUGAUAGAAAACAUGUUUUUCACAGCGAUUACCUCUGUUUGAUUGUGUUGCCGUGUCCACACACAAUUGCAGCUUGUGUACGCGAUUGUUUCUCUGUAGCAGGCCUGUUGCUCAUACUAGCUGGAGAUGUGGAGGAAAACCCUGGGCCUAUUACGCAAGAAAUGUUUAAUGAUAUGAUUCGGACACAAAAGGAGAUCCUUGCUAAAAUUACUGAGGUACAAGUAAAACAGACUUCUUCGGAAGAAAGUAUGCUACAAAUGCAAAACAGGCUACUUGCGAUAGAAAAAAAACUUGAGAGCGUAGGUGAAACUGAGAACAGGCUUGCUAAACUUGAAAACUCUGUUAGUGGCUACGAUGUCGAAAUAAAUACUCUUGUAAAACAAAUUGAUGACUUAGAAAAUCGUUCACGACGAAAUAACGUUAUCGUAAGGGGAAUUAAGGAAGAGUCUUCUGAAAACGAGGAUGUACAAAUGAGGAAAAUCAACAAUGAGGUGUUUGACGCUAUACUAGGUCAAAAACUGAACUCUAUCCAACGUAUACAUCGACUUGGAAAAAAGAUGACUGGUAGAGAUCGCCCUGUAAUACUUACAGUUGGGGAUUUUAAAGAGAAAAUGGCUAUCAUGAAAAACUGUGUCAAACUUAAAGGUACCCAAAUUAGCAUCAAUGAAGACUAUUCCAAGAGGGUUGUUGAGCUUCGAAAGAACCUGUGGAAUUCAACCGCAGAGGAGAGGAAAAACGGUGCCAAAGUCAAUCUAGUCUUUGAUAAGCUGUGGCUUAACAAUGUUCUGUACGCCUGGAAUGAAGUCAGCAAUGAGAGAUACAAGUGUCGCGUUCCACCGGAAGCAAAUAACGAGUGACUAAAACAAAAUGAUUCAGCAUGUUUUAAAAUAUUAAACAUAAACGCCAGAAGUAUUGCAAACAAGGUUGACGCGUUCGAAAGCAUAAUGCUAGAGCACGAUCCUGAAGUGGCCGUAAUUACCGAGACAUGGCUUCAUGAAAAUAUCUUAAACUCCGAAGUUACUCCACCGAAUUAUUCAAUAAUAAGAAAAGAUAGAGAGGGAAGGGGAGGCGGAGUUGCUAUUAUGAUUAAAAAUAACAUCAAAUUUGAAGUCCUUGAGGAAGUACGGGAUGUAGAAGCAUUAUGGAUCAAGACAAAAUUGAAUAACCGUACAGUUUAUAUUGGUGGCGUGUACAGAGCCCCGAAUUCGCCAGUUGAAAUGCUGUUAAAACUAAGGGGCUACAUGGAUUCCAAUUUACGUUACGGAGACAACAUUUUGUUACUGGGAGAUCUUAAUUUACCUGGGAUUGACUGGUCAUCAUAUUCUCAUGGAACGGCGGAAGUAGCUAGUUGCGAUCAAUUAUUAGAACUUGUAUUUUGCUAUAACUUAUCCCAGGUGGUAACAGAUUACACUAGAGUAUGUUCAACAACGUCAACAAUUUUAGAUCUAGUUUUUGUUUCCGAGAGUUUAAAACCAUAUUUUUCGAAAUGUGAAACCGAAGAAGGCCUAUCCGAUCAUAGGAUGGUACUCGUCUCAUUGAAUGUUACCCCAGAAAAAUCGCACAGUCAUUCAAGAAAGAUGUUUUUGGAUUUUAGAAGUGCUGAUGAUGUAAGCGUACUUGAUUGCCUUGAACAAUCGUUUGAUGAUUUUAUGUUUCUUUACCAAUCAGAUGCUAGCCCAGACACGUUAUGGGACUAUUUUUCAAGCAUGACGUUACGGUGUAUUGAGCGAUUUAUACCAAAGCGCCCUAAAAAAAUCGCGAACAAAAAUCCUUGGAUUACAAGGGAAAUAAUCCACGCAAAACGACAACUGAAGCGGAGACGAGCGAGUUCACAUGGUACAGGUGUAGAAAAAAAAACUUGCAUUCAGCGAUUGAGUCGGGAGCUGAGGCGUCUAGUUAGAGAGUCUAAAGAAAGGUUUUAUAGUAUAACACUUAAAAAAUUCCUUAGCGAGGCACCUGAGAAGUUCUGGCGGUACGUCAACCCUUCGGCUAAGUUCCAGCAGCGUGCCUCUGACCCAAAAAAUGAAAAGCAGAGCGUUGAAAAUUUUAGCACUUUUUUUUCAUCCGUUUUCACCAACGAUGAUGGAAAUUUGCCAAGCUUUAGUGAUUCUUCCAACAAUCCUCCCAUCAAUAACUUAGAUAUAAGUGAGCAAGGAGUUUUUAACCUUCUACUUAACAUCGACUCAAAAAAGAGCCCAGGUCCAGACGAAAUUCCGAAUGAAUUUUUAAAAAGGUAUGCUGAGUGGGUUUCUAAAUACCUUACUAUCAUCUUUAGAUUGUCUAUGAGUAGCGGUUCUUUUCCCAGCGCUUGGAAAAUAGCAAAAAUUAUUCCCAUCCACAAGAGCGGUAGUGUUAAUGACGUCUGUAACUUUCGCCCCAUUUCCCUUACUAGUACAUGCUCAAAGCUCCUUGAACAUAUCAUAUCUAAACAUCUACUGGCUUACCUUGAAAAAUAUGACAUAUUAUUUAAAUCGCAGCAUGGUUUCCGCAGAGGUCUUUCCACGACUACCCAGCUCAUAGAAACUGUUCAUGAUCUCUCUCAAAGGAUAAACUGUCGUGGUCAAACUGAUGUAAUAUUCCUAGAUUUCGCAAAGGCGUUCGACAAAGUAUCUCACCCCAAAUUGCUAUUGAAAAUCAGUGCUGUUUUUAAGAAUCCAGCCAUCACGAAGUGGUUUUCCUCUUAUCUUUCAUCACGGAAACAGUACGUUAAAGUUGGGGGUAGCAAAUCCACUAU